GCGCUCGUCACUCGUCGCGGGGGACACAGGAAAAGGCUGCGGCCUGCAAUUGGCGCUGCCACCGAGGCCUCACUCACGUGGUCUCUCUCUCCUCUCCUCUCCUCUGUACUCGCAACCCAACCCUCCCCUCUUUCCCACCCCAAGUUCCCCCUCCCGGCCGUCGGUUCCGGGCCUCUCCAGGUUGGGUUUUGGGGGCUUCUCCGCGGGUUGGGUUUGGGGUUUGGGCGGCGGAGCUGGGAGGGCAGCCUGAAAUAUCCUGCUGCGAGCAAGUGGAGUUUGGGUGCUCUCUCUGCAGGCGGACAGAGGGGGUUGAGAUCUAGGAGGGCUGCUGCGGUGGUCUUGCGGGGCCGCGGAAGAUGGGGUUCCUCCCGGCGAAGCUCUUACCGUCGUGCGAGAGCAUGUGCGUGUGCUGCCCCGCGCUGCGCCCGAGCUCGCGCCGCCCCGUCAAGCGGUACAAGAAGCUGCUCGCCGAGAUAUUCCCCAAGACGCCCGAUGGUGCUCCAAAUGAGAGGAAAAUCAUGAAGUUGUGUGAAUAUGCUGCGAAGAACCCCCUCCGCAUACCAAAGAUCGCUAAGUUCCUAGAACAGAGGAGUCACAAGGAGCUGCGCGCUGCCCAUGUGAACUUUGUCAGAAUCAUCACCGAAGCUUACAGCAAGUUACUCUUCAUUUGUAAGGAGCAGAUGGCAUAUUUUGCCAUCAGCCUGGUAAACGUCCUUACUGAGCUUCUGGAAAGCAAGCAAGAGAACAUUCACAUCCUUGGGUGCCAAACUUUAGCGAGGUUUAUCAACAGCCAGGUAGACAAUACAUAUGCACGGAAUAUUGAAAGCUUGGUUCGCAAAGUGUGUGUUCUUUCACGUGAACAGGGAGAGGAGCAUACUCUUCUGAGGGCAGCUAGCUUGCAGUGUUUGUCAGCAAUGAUCUGGUUCAUGAAGGAGCAUUCAUACAUAUUUGCUGAUUUUGAUGAGAUAGUGCAAUCGGUGUUGGAAAAUUAUAGGACGGAGGAAUCUGGUGGUGCUGGUGAUGACAGACAUGCAUCACAGCAUAACUGGGUUGAUGAAAUAGCGAGGCGUGAGGGUAGACCUGGUUUAGGUGGAGGUAAUGAUGUGAAUUUCAGCAGUACAACUGUUAGACUGCGACCAGCAAGGGAUUCUUCAGCUCUGACCAGGGAGGAACGUGAAUCUCCAGAAGUAUGGUCACAUAUUUGUGUGCAGAAGCUUGCAGAACUGGCUAAAGAGAGUACAACUAUGCGGCGCAUCCUAGAUCCAAUGCUUUCAUUCUUUGAUAUGAAGAAACAAUGGGCUCCUCGACAUGGAUUGGCCUUGCUUGUUUUGUCUGAUAUGGCUUAUCUGGAGAAGAGUUCAGGUUAUGAACAAUUGAUUUUAACUGCUGUCAUCCGGCACCUGGAUCACAAGAAUGUUUUACAUGAUCCUCAGACAAAACCAGAUAUUAUUCAGACAGCAACAUCCUUGGCACGGCAAUUGCGAUCGCAAGGAGUUGCUGCUGAACUUGUAGUAGCAGGCGACCUGUGCAAGCACUUGAGGAAAACAUUAGAGGCCAUGGAGUCAGCCUGUGUUGAAGAGCUGAACUUGAAUGAAUCUCUUCAAAAUUUCCUGGAGGACUGCCUUCUGGAAGUUGUUAGAGGAAUUAAUGAUGUGCGGCCGCUCUAUGAUAUGAUGGCAAUCACAUUGGAGAAUUUACCUUCUAUGCCAACUGUUGCCAGAGCGACGAUUGGAAGUUUGCUGAUCCUUUCACACAUAAUCUCGUUGACAUCAAUAUCUUCUAACACUCCUAUGCAGGUAUUUCCAGAAGCACUCCUCCAGCAGAUACUGAAGUCCAUGAUACAUCCUGAUGUUGACACACGUGUGGGAGCACACCACAUGUUCUCUGCCGUUAUUGUCCGAGGACCAAGCCAUCUGAGGAAUGAAUCAGAGUACCUGUAUGAAACAAAAAAGUGGCAAUCUCGGACGACAUCAGUAUUUGCUUCAGCUACUGCACUACUGGAGAAACUGAGGAAAGAAAAAGAGAGUUCAGAUAAGCCUCGUAGUAUGAUGCAUGAUGAUUUAAAGGAAAGAAACAUGCAUGAAGAGGAGAAUAAACAUGUUUGGGCACGGAGAAAUUCGGCUUAUUUUUCAAAGUUGGUUUUCUCUUUCACUGAUCGACGUGCGGCACUAAGUAGCUCUCAAGAGGAGACCAAUGUCGCCAUGUUAACUGAAGAUCAGACAAAUCAGUUGUUGUCUGCAUUCUGGUUACAAGCCCAUCAGACAGAUAAUACUCCUUUUAAUUAUGAGGCUAUUGGUCAUUCAUACAGCCUCACAGUUCUUUCUUCUCGCCUAAAGAAUUCAAGCUACAGUAAUAUCAUCCAGUUUUUCCAGUUGCCACUGUCCCUUCGGAGUGUUGCUUUAACCCCUAGUGGAGCCCUGUCUGCUUCUUGUCGGCGGUCUCUUUUUACUUUAGCAACGAGUAUGGUGGCUUUUGCCGGGAAAGUCUGUCACGUUACUGAACUGGUAGACUUGCUAAGGUGUUUUACAUCUCCCAAUAUUGAUCCUUACCUCAGAAUUGGUGAAGACUUACAACUCUAUGUAAGGUUGCAAUCAGAUCUAAGCAACUAUGGAUCUGAAAACGAUCAAGAAGGUGCCAAAUCCAUACUUUCUGACUGGAGGACGAAAGUAGGGAUUAAUGAUCAGCGAGUACUUGAUGUUACCGCUUCUGCACUUUCUAGUUUCACUGAGAUGGACAAGGAUGUACUAGCAAAAGAGCUCACUGAGAUGUUCACACCUGAAGAAGUGCCCUUGUUUGGGUCGAAUUCAGCACUUGAUUGGGCCAACUUUCAUCUGCAGGCAUUUUCUGAUGAAUCCCUCUCUUUUGAUGAGGAGUGUUCAAGAACCUCUUCAGUAGAUUGUGGCUUGCAUGAGUCACCUGCCAACACUGCUAGCUCCAUGUCAAAGAUUACUCUACCACAAUCUGUACCCCAUGUCUUAGGUGUUGGUCACUUGCUGGAAUCGGCGCUACAUGUGGCUGGUCAAGUGGCAGGUGCAUCUGUUUCAACCUCACCCCUUCCGUAUGGUACAAUGACUAGUCAAUGCGAAGCCCUAGGAUUUGGCACUAGGAAGAAGCUAUCAAGCUGGCUUGUCAAUGGCCACGAAUCUACUCCAGACAAUCCUAUGCCAAGUCUUCCCACUGCCCAUCAUUCCAUCAUUCCAAAGGUAAAUUCUUGCGGUUUCGAGAGCAUUCACUGCACACCAUCAGAUUCAUGUUCCACAGUGAAGCUUCCACCCGCCAGCCCCUUCGAUAACUUCCUGAAGGCUGCCUAUCGCACUCAGCCGGAGCUGUGAUCAGCCAGCCCUGCGGAGCACCUAACCAAACCUCUUCACGAGUGCUAGACUGCAGUACUUAAGUAUAAUACACUAGGUUAUCUAAUGGAACACAUGGCCACUCUGAGCCUGUAGCUGUCUGUAAUGUGGUUUUAGUUGUAGCGGCUUAUGUAUGUGUGUAUCUAUCUGUACUAAAUGGCUUCAGCGUAUGCGUAAUUACGGAUCAUGUGUAGUUAUAAGUCGCAACCUCUGUUGUUUGUUCAGACUAUUAAGAUGUAGGAGAAUACUUCUAUUUGGGGUCGUUUUAUGUACUGCUCUGUUAUGUUAA